AUGGCGGGCGAGUACGUUGGAACGGUCGCCCAGGCUGAGGAUGGCAUGACGGACCGCUCGAGCGAAGCUGUCGCCGAGGAGCCAGACACUGCUGCUGAGGCCAUGGCUAAGACCGCGGCGGAGCCGCCCGCCCCGGCCGAGGAGGUGAAGAGCACCAAGGCGCCUCGCUGGAACAUCACGAAGCUCGCGCUGCACAAGCUCGAGCUCGUCUUCCUAAGCGAAAAGUUUCCCUCGGUCGAGACGAGGGAGGCUCUCGCCGCACAGCUGGCGGUCACGCCGAGGCAGGUGCAGGUGUGGUUCCAGAACAAGCGGCAGCGAUCGCUCAGGGCCGCUGCGGCCGGCUUGCUGCCCGAGCCGAGCGUGGUCCAUGCAACCCCCUUACUGCCCGGAAGCACCGUGCUGCCCUCACUGGGCAACGGCGCUGGGCUGGGUGGAGGCUGGGCCAUGGCCGAGAGUAGUGGCGGCGACGGAGGCGGCGACGGUACUGGAAGCGCUGUCGCACCCGAACUCCGCGCCAACGCCAACUCCGUCCCCGCCUUGACCUAUCACGGAGCGGACUACCACGGAGGCAUGCCGCCCGAGUACCCUCCCGUGAGCCCUCAUCCGCACGCUCACGCGCAGUGGAUGGAGUACCCGACCGCCAGCGCCGGCCUCAGCGCCGAAGCGCACGGCCACACACGGACUGUGCCGCCCGGCAUGGCGCUCACUUUGGACGGCAAGGCGCACGAGUACCCGAUGCCCGACGACCUCAACUCACCCGGCCUCUCGGCCCAACUCUCCGCUGCCGAGAUUGGGGAGCAGUGCCCCGGGGUCGGGACGUGGGACCAGGCCGCCGGUCCCGGGGGAGAUCCGCGGCGGAAGCAGCGCUUCAUCUGGAGCUCGCAGAUGCACAUGCGCUUUGAGGCGGCGGUGCAUAAGCUUGGGGUCGACCAGGCGAAGCCGCAGGCCAUCUCGCAGCUGAUGGGCUGCGAGCGCGAGGGCGCUCCAACGACACAGAACAUCAAGUCGCAUUUGCAAAAAUACCGGCUGCUGAUGCAGAAGCGUCGGGCGGGGAUCCCGGUCGGAGGUGGCAUUUCAUCGAUGCCACCACUCACCCCCGAGAGCAGCUCCGACUCUGUCGUGGACCAAGAUGAGCUGGCGAGUCUCAACAGCGGUAGCUCAGAGUGCGAUGGCCACCCCUCCGAGACGCUGGUGCACAAGCCGCAGACAGAGCCCGCCGAGCCCGCGGCCAGUGUCCAGCCAUCCUCCCCACACCUGCAGCGGGUCAGCAACCAGAUUCGCCUGCAGCAGCAUCAGCUGCAGAUGCUCCGACAGCUGCACAUGCAGCUGCAGUACCACAAGGAGCAACUGCCUCCCGGCUCGCCGGAAGAGGCUGCCGCCGCGCUGCAGAUGACUGCCCAGGGGCAGCACGCGCUCUUGCAGAAGGCGCAGCGCGAGACGCGGGCAAAGAGGGAGCUACCCUCCGAGUACUCGUCCCCUAUCGACGGGCAGAGCCUCGUGUCGCCCGGCCAACGCCGCAUCUCCGCAUCCGGAAGCCCGUCGGAGACAGCGGAGCAUGAGGGCUGGCUGAUGGACGAAAUCAUCAGCUCGCUUUUCAACGACGGCGAGCGCGGGCGCGAGUCUGAGACGAACGCGUCCCCCACGCCUACUCCGGAGGGGCGGUUCCCGAUGGCGGCCGAGAACAGCGUCGAGCCUCCCGACGUCUUCAACAACACCGCGGAGCCUACGAGCCCCUCCCUGGCCAGGGAGGAACCGAGGGCGAUGCAAGUGGACGACGCUCAAAUGUUCGGCGUCGACCUCGCAUCGCCGGCUGCGUCAAACGACCUCGCCUUUUGA